AUUGGUCUGAAACUCAGUUUCGUAUCGUUUUCUUCCGUUACGCCUUCCUGUCCUGCAGCACUGCCGCCUGCAAACAUGGCGAACAUCAGGAACGUCAAGGGAAUGGUGGGGCUGGUCACAGGAGGUGCCUCGGGUUUGGGCAGGGCGACAGUGGAGCGGCUAAUCAAACACGGUGCGAGCGCUGUGAUCCUCGAUCUGCCCAGUUCAGACGGCCAAGGUGUGGCUGCAGCUCUCGGGGAGCGCUGUGUGUUCGCGCCAGCUGAUGUAACUUCAGAGUCAGACGUGCGCUCAGCUGUUGAUUUGGCUAAAGAGAAAUUUGGACGGCUGGACCUGGCUGUGAACUGCGCAGGUAUUGGUAUCGCUGUUAAGACCUACAACUUCAAAAAGGACAUCCCUCACAGUCUGGAAGACUUCAGUAGAGUCAUCACUGUAAACAUUGCAGGAAGCUUUAAUGUAAUAAGGCUGGCUGCAGGGAUGAUGGGCAAAAAUGAGCCGGAUGCUGAUGGACACAGAGGUUGCAUCAUUAACACAGCCAGUAUUGCAGCUUACGAUGGCCAGGUGGGUCAGGCUGCAUACUCUGCAUCUAAAGGUGGCAUCGUGGGAAUGACUCUUCCCAUUGCCCGAGACCUUGCUCCUAUGGGUAUCCGUGUGGUCACUAUUGCUCCAGGUUUGUUCUCUACGCCACUGCUGGCCGGGCUGCCUGAGAAGGUGCAGAGUUUUCUUGCCCGGCAGGUGCCUUUCCCAUCACGCCUGGGUGACCCUGCUGAGUUUGCUCAUUUUGUGACCGCCAUUGCUGAAAACCCCAUGAUCAACGGUGAGGUGAUUCGCCUAGAUGGAGCUAUCCGCAUGCAGCCUUAAGAAGGAGAGAUCCAGACAGAGAGGAAGAGACAAUUAUGCAGGCCACUUGAAAAUAAAUCGGGUUAAAGGAAUCGAGCCAGAUGAGCAUUUCCAGUUCAGUCUACUCCAGUUUUUCCUCUUCCUCGUGGGACUCCCUGAGUUAAGGUUCUGUCUCUGGGGUUUUUUAAACCACUGGAAAUCUGUAGAGGUUUUUAUAAUGCUGCUCAGAUUUUUCCAAAAAAAUCUACUUGGUUGUAUGAGUAAAUGUGCACCUUAGGCCAAUACCAGCCCUUAUUUUGUUCUGAAAAAUGUCCAAAGUGCAUUACUAAGCUCAUGGUCAGAUUUGACAGAGUGAAUUGCAAAUAACUAAUAAAAUCUCUUGCUGAACA